AUGUUUUGUGCUAUAAGUGGGAAACCUCCUAGUGUUCCAGCUCUAUCACCUUCAUCAAAAUGUAUUUUUGAAAAAUCGUUACUAGAGCAGUACAUCGAUGAACAUGGAACAGAUCCAAUAUCUAAAGCCCCAUUAACCAAGGAACAAAUUAUUGAGGUAUCUCAGACACCCCAACAAUAUUCACUGACCAAUGCUGUUAACUCUGCAACUCUAAAUUCUAAUUACAGCAUACCUAACCUUUUAACUACCUUACGAAAUGAGUGGGAUGCAGUCAUGCUAGAAAACUUUGAAUUAAGGACACAACUUGACACAUGCAAGAAAGAAUUAUCCAAAGCCCUUUAUCGCUGCGAUGCGGCUGUACGUGUCGCUGCAAAAUGUACUCAUGAAAGAGAUGAACUAAAGCACACUUUAACCCAAUUGACAGAGGCUAUUGGAGAGUCCCCAAACAAUGGGACUGGGGAAUCCACUGGUAAUGAAAAUCCUACACCAGCUCCUCCUCAAUUACCCGCUGAUCUAAUUAAUCACAUGGUUGAACAGUCCCAAGAGCACGUGAAUGCAACCAAACACCUAGCCAAAGCAAAGGCCAUUACUGUAAAGAGGUUAGUUCCCGAAUUGGAGCAAGAUGAUCCAAGAAGCAAUGAUACAAUGUUCCAUGUGACAAAAGUAUCAACAAACAGGCUUGUCGAUACCACAUGCAGAAUUGCAUGUGUUGUAGACGCUAGUGGGCAUAGAUUGAUCAGCAAUAAUAAAAUCAUCACACUAGAAGGAAUACCCAACGAUGCCCGGGUCAUCCACCCAAUAUCCAACGACCAGCUUGUCUUUUCAUCUGACACCACGACAGGAAUAUAUGAUGUGCCAAGCGGGAAAUUAAGCACGUUUUCCACUGCGGACCCCGCGAUAAGUAUAAAUUACAAUCCAAAUAUCGCAGGCGACUACUUUGUCAGCUUAUCCCGUAACAAGUGCAUAUAUUACACAGCAAUCGAUGGCUCAAAGAGUUUCAUGCUGACUGAUACGAGAAAACUUUCACCAGAAGGGGACCUCCCAAAUAAUAUUAAUGUCCAUAAAGACGGCUUGUUAAUUGCUGUUCAAAUAACAUCAAAUUCCCUCGCUAUCUUUAGUGUAUCGACUCCGAAUGAAGCGCCCACAAUAAUACCAGUAGACUUUAGCAUAAAAGGUGAAUCCAUUGUAUCUUACAGGUUUGGUCCUAAUGGAUACUGGCUUUAUCUCCACUCGGCACACGAGUUCCAUGUCUAUGACCUCAGAAAGGCCGCAGGAACUCUGGCUUUGGAUAAAUUAAUCUUUGAAAGUGCAGAUAUUGUUCGCUUUGACACUGAUAAAACUGGCAAGGUCAUAUUCCUACAAAUGUCGGACAAGAAAAUUACAUCAUACACGUAUGUUAAAGCAAAGUCCGCUUUUGUAGAAGGUGCCACUAAAGAAAUAGAGGACUUGUCUGACUAUAUGUGCAUGUACUAUGAAGAGCACGAUAAGAAAUACCUAAGGCUACUGCGUUCAUCUCCGGAUAGUCCGCAGAAUGUCGUUCCCAUGAUAUUGCGAAUCGAAUAA